AUGUUGUACACAUCACACAGUGUCUGGAUCAUCUGUUACUGUCCUUGUUGCAGUUUCCAUCCAUGGUGGCCUGAUCCCUCAAAGCAGAUCAAGUUCCUGGUGGAUCUCCUGUCUCAAGCAGCAGAGUGGGAGGAGCAGACAGGAGAGAAGACACUGAAGCUGGUAUCAUCAGUGUGUUCUUACAGCACCUUUCCUUUUCUCAGUGGAGACAAUUAUAAACAGAGUGAUUUCCUGUUGGAUCUGUACUCACAUGUGAAGGACUAUGAGACUCAAACAGGCAGGAGUUUCCUUCCAGCAUUACAGCCAGUUUACCAGUCAGCUCCUGCAGUCUGGUCCAUAGACCUCUCAGAGAGAAAGGCCUCCCUCCUCCUAGAAGUGCUGAAACUCCAACCAGAGAAGAAACCAGUAGAGCUGAAGGGCUGGUCAGAUGAAGAGAGUGAAGUGAGGAGUUUCCUUCAGUGUCUGUCCCACAUCUCACAGCUGUGUUUCUGUCCACGGAGGUCUGAUCCCUCAAAGCAGAUCAAGUUCCUGGUGGAUCUCCUGUCUCAAGCAGCAGAGUGGGAGGAGCAGACAGGAGAGAAGACACUGAAGCUGGUAUCAUCAGUGUGGACUUACAGCACCUUUCCUUAUUGCCAUGGAGACAAUUAUAAACAGAGUGAUUUCCUGUUGGAUCUGUACUCACAUGUGAAGGACUAUGAGACUCAAACAGGCAAGAGUGUCCUUCCAGCAUUACAGACAGUUUACCAGUUAGCCAGUCCUGCAGUCUGGUCCAUAGACCUCUCAGAGAGAAAGGCCUCCCUCCUCCUAGAAGUGCUGAAACUCCAACCAGAGAAGAAACCAGUAGAGCUGAAGGGCUGGUCAGAUGAAGAGAGUGAAGUGAGGAUUUUCCUUCAGUGUCUGUCCUACAUCUCACAGCUGAGAUUUCCUCUACUGAAGGAUAAUAUAGAGACAAGAAAGAGAGAGAAGACAUUCCUACUGAAUCUGUGUCUUCAAGCAGCUCUCCAUGAGAGAGGAACCAUACAAACAACUGUAGAGAAAGUGUUGUUGCUGUCUAAAGUAUAUCGCUUUCAGAAAUGUGAUUUCCUGCUGGAUCUGUACUCACAUGUGAAGGACUAUGAGACUCAAACAGGCAGGAGUGUCCUUCCAGCAUUACAGACAGUUUACCAGUCAGCUCCUGCAGUCUGGUCCAUAGACCUCUCAGAGAGAAAGGCCUCCCUCCUCCUGGAAGUGCUGAAACUCCAACCAGAGAAGAAACCAGUAGAGCUGAAAGGCUGGUCAGAUGAAGAGAGUGAAGUGAGGAGUUUCCUUCAGUGUCUGCCCUACAUCUCACAGCUGAGUAUAUCCAAUCAGCCAUGUGAUUUCCUGCUGGAUCUGUACUCACAUGUGAAGGACUAUGAGACUCAAACAGGCAGGAGUGUCCUUCCAGCAUUACAGCCAGUUUACCAGUCAGCCAGUCCUGCUAUCUGGUCCAUAGACCUCUCAGAGAGAAAGGCCUCCCUCCUCCUAGAAGUGCUGAAACUCCAACCAGAGAAGAAACCAGUAGAGCUGAAGGGCUGGUCAGAUGAAGAGAGUGAAGUGAGGAGUUUCCUUCAGUGUCUGCCCUACAUCUCACAGCUGAGUUUUACUCCUCCACAUGAUCAGAGAAGAUCCCCUGAGGAGAGGACAAAGAGAGAGAAGACAUUCCUACUGAAUCUGUGUCUUCAAGCAGCUCUCCAUGAGAGAGGAUCCAUACAAACAACUGUAGAGAAAGUGUUGUUGCUGUCUGAAGUAUAUCGCUUUCAGCCAUGUGAUUUCCUGUUGGAUCUGUACUCACAUGUGAAGGACUAUGAGACUCAAACAGGCAGGAGUUUCCUUCCAGCAUUACAGACAGUUUACUUGUCAUCUCCUGCAGUCUGGUUCAUAGACCUCUCAGAGAGAAAGGCCUCCCUCCUCCUAGAAGUGCUGAAACUCCAACCAGAGAAGAAACCAGUAGAGCUGAAGGGCUGGUCAGAUGAAGACAGUGAAGUGAGGAGUUUCCUUCAGUGUCUGCCCUACAUCUCACAGCUGAGUUUCUCUCCAGACUGGUCUGAUCCCUCAAAGCUGAUCAAGUUCCUGGUGGAUCUCCUGUCUCAAGCAGCAGACUGGGAGGAGCAGACAGGAGAGAAGACACUGAAGCUGGUAUCAUCAGUGUGGACUUACAGAACCUUUCCCUUCUGUGAUGAUGAUGAUGAGAUCUGGUUCAUAGACCUCUCAGAGAGAAAGGCCUCCCUCCUCCUAGAAGUGUUGAAACUCCAACCAGAGAAGAAACCAGUAGAGCUGAAUGGCUGGUCAGAUGAAGACAGUGAAGUGAGGAGUUUCCUUCAGUGUCUGCCCUACAUCUCACAGCUGAGUUUCUGUCCAUGGUGGUCUGAUCCCUCAAAGCAGAUCAAGUUCCUGGUGGAUCUCCUGUCUCAAGCAGCAGAGUGGGAGGAGCAGACAGGAGAGAAGACACUGAAUCUGGUAUCAUCAGUGUGUACUUACAGAACCUUUCCUUAUCGCCAUGUAGACAAUUCUAAACAGAGUGAUUUCCUGCUGGAUCUGUACUCACAUGUGAAGGACUAUGAGACUCAAACAGGCAGGAGUGUCCUUCCAGCAUUACAGCCAGUUUACCAGUCAGCCAGGCCUGCAGUCUGGUCCAUAGACCUCUCAGAGAGAAAGGCCUCCCUCCUCCUAGAAGUGCUGAAACUCCAACCAGAGAAGAAACCAGUAGAGCUGAAGGGCUGUUCAGAUGAAGAGAGUGAAGUGAGGAGUUUCCUUCAGUGUCUGUCCUACAUCUCACAGCUGAGUUUCUGUCCAUGGUGGUCUGAUCCCUCAAAGCAGAUCAAGUUCCUGGUGGAUCUCCUGUCUCAAGCAGCAGAGUGGGAGGAGCAGACAGGAGAGAAGACACUGAAUCUGGUAUCAUCAGUGUGUACUUACAGAACCUUUCCUUAUCGCCAUGUAGACAAUUCUAAACAGAGUGAUUUCCUGCUGGAUCUGUACUCACAUGUGAAGGACUAUGAGACUCAAACAGGCAGGAGUUUCCUUCCAGCAUUACAGCCAGUUUACCAGUCAGCUCCUGCAGUCUGGUCCAUAGACCUCUCAGAGAGAAAGGCCUCCCUCCUCCUAGAAGUGCUGAAACUCCAACCAGAGAAGAAACCAGUAGAGCUGAAGGGCUGGUCAGAUGAAGAGAGUGAAGUGAGGAGUUUCCUUCAGUGUCUGCCCUACAUCUCGGAGCUGAGCUGUGAUGAUGACAGGUUCUUCCAGACUCUGUGUGAGUCCAUCCCUGUGAGGUCCAGAGAGGAGGACCAGCAGUUGGCCUCUCUUCUCCAGGCCUUGGGCUCUACCCUGUCACUGGGAGGAGUGUUACCCAGGAAAACCUGCAGGUCUGUGGGGAGAGUCCUGGGUCUCUGUGCCUCCAGAGUGGACCUCACUCUCACCCCCAGCAAGAUCUCUCUCCAAGGAGCCGCACUUCUUUUGAGACAUGAGUCAAAGCUCCACAAGCUCAGGCUGAGUGUGGAUAUGGCUGUGAAACUGUCCAGACUGGUUAGGAGGACAGGGAGAGGUUCUACUCCACUGAUUGUCCCAGAACUCUCCCUGGUCCUAAAGAGCAGCCAGCCACCAGAGAGAGUGUUAUCCAGGGCUCUGAGUAGUGUGGCGUCCCUGCUGAGACUCUGGAGAGUUCAGUGUCUGGACCUGACUGACUUCUGCAUCCAGGGUCACUCUCUCAUCACACUGCUGUGUCACCAGGGACCUCUCUCUCUCAGACUGAACUCAGACACUCUGCAGCAGCUGGCUGUAGUUGUGUAUGAAGCUCAGGACAAGGACUUGACUCAGUGGUUCCUGGAGAAGGUUGGUGGAGACCUGACCUCCUGCAGGCUGGACUGGGAAGUGCUUCUCUCUCUACUGCAGCAUUCAACCCACAACAUCACUGUGGACCUCAGGAAGAACCGGCUCCUAGAGAAGAACAGCUCAGAUCUUCUCCCCUUUCUGGGAAGGGUUACUCUCAAGAGGUUCAGUUCCAGCUUUGUAAAGUCCACCAUCAGACAGAUCUAUGACAGUAGAGACAGUGACUGUGUGUCCAGUUUGUUGAGGUCUUCAGACCAUUGGAUCAACCUGAACAGCAGAGAGCUGGACAGAGUGGACUGUUCCGCUCUGUUUUUUACCCUGCAGCACAGCCACCAAGUCAAAGUCAACCUGCUGUGGACCUCCAUACCACCGGGGGAGAUAGAGAGCAUCCUGCCUCUUCUGGACAGAGUCUCCCAACUCAGUGUUGACAGGAGGUUACUGCUGAGUUUCCUCCAGUGCUGUGCUGCCUCUCAGGUCCAGCAGGGGGCACCAUCAUCACCACCAACAGCAGUAUGGCUGCUCAGGUCUCUGCAACACAGGCUGGACUUGUCCUGCUCCUCCUCUGUGGACCUGUCAGCUCAGGACCCAGGGGAGGCUCUGUGUCUGACUACUGACCACUGCAGGGCCAUCAACUCUGUUCUGAAGCAGAACCAACACGGCACCCAGCUGGUUCAGAACCAGGUCCAGCUCAUCCUAAGAGACUGUAAGGUGGAGGACAGAGCACUGAGGGAGCUGCUUCCCAGCCUGCAUAUUGUCAAGCUGAGUCCCAGCAAAAAUCUGUUACUUCAGCUGCUGGACCUUGUGUGUGAGGGGAUUGAAGAGGGGCUGCUGAGGCACGCAGAGUCCCUGUGCAGAGCCCUGGAUGGGGAGCUGGACCUCAGUGAGACCAGGCUGGACCAGAAUGCCUGUGGAUCUCUGGCCCUGGUUCUGGAACACUCAGAGGGUCUGUCAGAACUGGACCUCAGCCACUGUCAACUCACAGAUCACCAGCUACAGCCCCUGAUCACACACCUGCAUAAAGUACAAGUCCUGGACCUGAGCCACAAUGACAUCACUGAUGCUCUGACUGACAGAUUUCUCCAACUGGUCUCUACCAACACUUCAAUACACACCAUACGACUCUUCAACAACAGAAUCCAGGACAGAAGACCCUUCCUGACAGACAAGAGGUUUGAGAUCUGGUGAAACAACAGCAGGUCUUAGUUCAGGAAGAGAAUGCUGAAUCCAGGACAGAAGACCCUUCCUGACAGACAAGAGGUUUGACAUCUGGUGAAACAACUUAUCA